AUGGCGCCCUUCUUGAAAAUCAGCAACAUGGAGGCCGCCGCCGACGGAAGUCCGCCGGAAGGCGGAGGGGGCGGCGACUCGCCCAGCGAGGUGUACGUACACAUUUCGCCUCCCCACGAGCAGCGGAAGCAACCAGCUAACUUGAACCUGCAGCGCCCCGCGAAGCAGCCGACGCCGUGGUGGGUGGUGUUGCGUCACGCGUUUUACUCGCUGUUGUUUGCUUCUGCAUUGCUGAUUUAUAUAAUAGUGUCGAGAGCGUGUUCGUGGGAGUGGAAAGGGGAGCCGCAGGCGCCGCUGCUGUCGCUGCCGCUGAAGACUCAGUGGGAACUGCUGAUCACCCCCAAAGUCAGCUGCGCCGAAGACCCCCCUUUCGUGGCUUUGAUGGCAAUGACGGGGCCCGCAGACUUCGACGGCCGCCAACUCGUGCGAAACACUUGGGGGGGGGCCGAAAUGGCUGCAGAGCGGCGGGUGCGGCUGUUUUUCUUGCUGGGCACUGCGCCCGGGGUGGAGCUGCAGCGCCUGGUGGAGAAGGAGGCGGAGGUCCACGGGGACUUGAUUCAGCAUGCAGCCCCCGACAAGUACACGAAUUUGUCAAUUAAAUCCGCCACAAUGAUCCAGUGGGUCGCAACUUCCUGUCCAGAAGCCAAGUUCGUGGUCAAGGCGGACACAGACACCCUCGUCAACCUCGACGUGAUGGUUCCGUACUUGAAAAAGAUGGAAAGCAAGGGUGAUAUCGCUCUAGGAGCCCGCCUAGACCGCAUGCCCAUCAUUACUUCUGAAAAACACAGAAACUACCAGGAUCCGCUGGUGUUUUCGCGGCCCACGUUUCCCCCCUACCUCUCCGGCGCUUGCUACAUUGUGUCGGGCAGCCUGGUGCAGAAACUGUCAACGGUGCUGUCCCAAGUGCCUCGCGUGAGGAACGAGGACACGUUUUUAGGAAUGUGUUUGGAAAAACUGGGAAUAGAUCCCACCAAUAUAGGACGGGAGGCGCAGAUCAGCCCCUGGUUCGACCCCUCCAAGGGCCCCUGUGCAGCUUUCCGUCUAGCGGCGGCCCACCCCUUCAAACGCGACUUGCUGCUGGCCAUGUGGAAGUGGUGGAAGUCAGGGGGCUCUAAGAUGUGUCACUGA